AUGCAAUUCGAGCUCGAGACCCAAACCAAUACCCCCUCGCCCUCUGGUUUCCAGAAGCUCCCAGCCGAACUCCGCCUCAAAAUCUACGCCUACCUCUUCACCACCUACCGGAUCGAGAUCGUUCGCAAGAAAGACAAAAAAACCAACGGCACCAAGAAACCCCGCUACCGCCUCUACAACAAGAGACUGCGCCCCCGCGAGGACAAGAGCCAGGGAAACACCGAACGGGCAGGCCGCUGGUGGCUCAAGAGGCUCCCCAUGGCGCUCAUCUUCACCUGCCGCAGUAUCUACUCCGACACCAUUCUCCUCCUCUACGCCAACACCCAAUUCGUCUUCACGACCACCAACGCCAUCACCCGCUUCAUCAAGAUCACCCCCGCCGACGCGCAGGCCUCCAUCCGCCACGUCGAGCUCAAACACAUCAUGUACAACGAGCCUCGGCUGACGGAAUUCAGAAUCUACAAAGCCCGCAGCGACAUGGCCUUCUACCUCGCCUGCGAAGACAUGGCGCUAGCAUUUAAGAGCCUGCGCGUGCUCCACGUCGACAUGCGCAUCUACGACUGGCCUAUCCGUCUGGAGAUCGGCGAGCUCUGGUCCCUGCCUUUGCUCUUCUUCGGCGGCGAGGGCGGCACCGGCACCAAGCUGGACGAGGCUAAUGUUCGCCUCCGCAUGGUCAUGUUCAGUGACGAGACGCUGCGGAGGGUGGCGCGCGAUCUGGAACAGCGGAUGAUGGGUGCGGUGAAGUUUCAGGUUCGGGAGGAUGAGCGGUUGGCGAGGGAGUUGCAUAUGCUUGGGAGGAAGGCGAAGGUGUUAAGGUUGGUUAUGUAG